AUGGCGUUCUUCACUUGCGAGAACUCGUUCGUGAUCAACCUUACCUCUUGCUGUUGCUCGGCUGGCCGUGCUGCGCACACCUACGACAAGGUCGGAUUGCUGCCCUAUUGGCCGGGCCUCUGCCUCAGUGCCUUCUUCCCUUGUUGUACACUCCUUUACAUGAACGCAUGCACUGACUUGAACGAGAAGCUCGGGGGAGAGAAGAGAUCGAUCCCGAUGGCAGUGAUCUGUUCCUGUCUCUUCCCGUGCUGCGUGAUCGCUCAGGACGCGCAGGCACUCGACGACUGCACCGGCGUCGCAGUUGGUCUGUGUGGUGUUGAGCAGGGCGACGGCAACAAUUCGGACUCCGACUAG